AUGCCUAAUGCCAUUCACGAUUUGAAGCGCUUAGGUUAUCUCAUCGAUACUCCUGCAUGCAGAAUGCUCGAGUAUGACCCUUUUGAUGCCAGCAUUAAGAAGUUCAUCGGAGAACCUUUAGAGAUGGAUUGCAAUUCAGACAAAUUGAGUCCUUUCACGUAUACUGAAGGAUUCAGAAUCAAAAUCAAUGAUGACCCCAAGUUAUUACAACACUACAAUGUGAGCUUGGACUCGCUGGCCUGCUGUGUCCAUGAGGUCACAAGGGUGUCACAAAAUCUAACCAAUUUUGAUGAGAGCUGCGACAACAAAUACACAACAAGCGAGUGCUAUGCGAUCUGCAACGGGGCUUCCAAAGAAGUCGCAACCGACGGCGCUCUGGUUGUCUGCUCAAGAAACGAAUCCAAGUCCGGACCAUUUUAUAAGAAUGUUCACUACUUCUUCCACGAGGACAAGAUACGAGAUAAAAUUGCAAGACACAUGGAACGUAUAAAGUCUCAUGAAACACUUCCUCUCAACUUCAUCCUAAUGGGAGUCGAUUCAACUUCUCGUCAGAACAUACGAAGAUUCUUGCCAGAAACGUUUAAAUUUUUGUCAGAUGAUCCCAGCUCUAUGGACUUCAUGGGCUACAACAAAGUAGCUGACAAUACGGAUGUGAACAUCUCACCUGUCAUCAUGGGUAAUCGAGCAGAAGACCUCAUGCGUUUCAAAUUGGAGUGCUACAAGAAACAAAAAAGUAACCACGACAGUUGUCCUCUAAUUUGGAAAAACUUUUCCGCUCGAGGUUACGCAACGGUUUAUGCUGAGGACGCCCCCAGUAUGGGACUCUUUCACUUCAACAAAAUCGGGUUUGUUCAACCACCAGCGGAUUUCUACGCUCGUCCAUAUAUGUUGCUCUCAGAGAAAGAGAUCGGUAAUCCCAAAGCAAAUAAUAACCACUACUGUUAUGGACUUCAGUCCACGACAGAGGUAGUUUACGAACAAAUUUUAAGAGCGUUGAAUAAUUUAUCAGACAAGGUACCUGUGUUUGGAUAUUUUUGGAGUGCCACAUAUACGCAUGACAGCAAUCGCGAGGCCGCUCCAUUGGACUAUCCAACUCUUCGGUUUCUGAAACAAUUUACACAAUCAUCACAUCGCAACAAUACUAUUCUCCUCUUCUUCAGUGACCACGGCCUUAGAUUUGGUGAUAUACGAUCUACUUACCUAGGUGCGUUGGAGGAAAGGUUACCUUUCGCAACAUUACUUUUUCCACCGUGGUUUAAAGAUGAGUUUCCAGAAACAUGGCGCAACUUGUUGGUCAACCAACGCCGCUUGACUAACAACUACGACAUCCACUGCACUCUUCUCGACAUUUUACACGGGGCUUAUAAUACCUCAUUAAACCUUAAAACACCUUAUGGGCUGGGCCAGAGUUUAUUCUUAGAAAUUCCAACGAACAGAACGUGUGAGUCUAUUGGAAUUCCAUGGCAUUACUGCGCUUGUCAGUCGUCAUCACCAACGAGCAUCGGCGCGUCUGAAGUCCAGCAAGCGGCUGCUAUUCUCACGCAAACCAUCAAUAAAUUAAUAGAAAAUUAUCCUGUUUGUGCUCCGUUGACGCUGAAGGAGAUCAUCAGUGCUAGAGAGUACCAGAAUCACCAGAACUUCGGACAGGGCACAGUCAAAAAAAAAAUUUGGAAAGUGGAAGACAUACACAGUGAUAAUCGAGACUGCACCAGUAUCUAG